GUGCCGUGACGUCAGAAGCGGCCCUGGUAGAUGAGCGCGCGUGCUUUCUUUCUAAGGGUUCCGGGACUCUCUCAUCGACUGUUCUUGAACUAAAAUUCAAGAGGUCAGAUACAAAGAUGGGUAACGGAAGGCGGUGUAAAAGGUUUGGGAGCCAUUACAGCCUUAGCUGACGUGCUACGGUACGUGUGUGUGUGUGUGUGUGUGAGAGAGAGAGAGAGACAGAGAGAGAGGCGAAAUUUGCGAGAGAGAGAGACAAGGAAAUUGAACAGACAAGGAUGUCGACUGCUGCAGAGCAGUCGAAGCAUUGCCCUGACUGUGGAGAGUUGUGUGGUUUUGGGGAUGUACUAACAAACCACACAUGCCAAAUGAUCUGUCUGACCCCAAGACGGAAGUCCGAAGGGGCUCUGAUGGCUCUUCCUGCUAGCAUGCAGAGCUCCUCCUCUCUGGCGAACAGUGAGCUCAGCCAGCCCUUACAUCUGGACUUCGUGGAUGCACUAAGCCCAACUCCUUCAUCCACUGCUCCUCUUGCUCAGCUGCUUGUCCACCAGUACUCUCCAUCACUCCUGUCCUCCUCUGCUGCCUCUCCAUCAAUCUCUCCCUUCUCCAGGCCUGAGCAAGCACUAGCACAGAUGAGCACACCAUGGCUGGCCAGGUUAGCCAUGGAGGCUGGGCUCCAGCAGCUGACCCUGGAUGUUCAGGAGCACGUGUCCAUGCGGCUGGGAUCCUUGCAGGAAGAUGUGAAAAAGAGGAGUGUGGAGGUGCACAGGGCUCGGAGGGAAAGUGAGAGAAUGGAAAAGGAAAAGCAGGAAGCAGAGGAGAAGGCGACCCAGCUGGAGCGCCAGGUGGAGGUUUCGGUGGAGAUGCUAGCCAGCCUGAGACAGGAGCUGAUGGAGCGGGAAGAGGAGCUCAGCCUCAAACAACAAGAGGUUUGUGAUUUGAACAAGUUUGUCCAAGAGACCGCUCAGAGGGAAGCGAGCGCUAAGGUUCGCCUGCAGAGCUUCAUCGAGAAUCUGUUGGUGAGAGCAGAGAGAGCAGAGCGACAGCUGCAGGAGCUGCACACACACUCACAUACACACACACACACUGGCAUCGUGUCACCUGAUGAAUCCUUCACAGCUGCCAGAGGAGCAUUACACCGGAGGAGCUACAGUGAAUCAGGGAUUUCAAGGUGCUGCUAUUCACGAUGUGAUCACACAGGAAGUCCAGUUCACAGUUCGGUGAGGUGUGAGGAGCUUUGUGAGGCACAGUGUUACCAGAGGAACCCGUCAGAUAUAGAGGCUGAUUCAGACAGCUGGUCUGUCUAUAGCACCGAGUCACAGGAGGGUCUGCAGCAGCAUUAUGGAACAUACAACAAGAGUGAUCACUCCGCGUUCCACUCCCUUCGUCAUGGCAACGGGCCUGACCGAUCAGUAAUGUGUUCAAGACGAAUGAAGAGAAGGGCAUGGCUUUUCUGCGUCUUUCCUUACCUGGACACACACUCGCUCCUCAUUGCUGCAGAGGUGUGUAAAGAUUGGUGGAGUGUUGCCCGUCACCCUGCACUGUGGACCAGGUUAACGCUAGAAAAUGACCGCAUUUCAUCAAGGUUCAUGGUGACUAUGGCUCAGUGGUGUAGUCAAACACACACACUUAUUCUACACCACCUUAAACCUCGCUCUCGUGCCAAGAAAGAAAGUAAAGAGGACUAUCUGAAGAACACAAGAGGGUGUCUGGAGGAGGGGCUGGAGGCGGUGCUGAGAUCAGCAGGGCGGAGUAUUGUGUCUUUGACCAUCUCUCAUUGCCCCAACAUUUUGACAGACAGGACACUGUGGCUUGUCAGCUGCCACUGCAGAGCUCUGCAAACACUUACUUACAGGAGCUCGUCAGAUCCUGUGGGUCAGGAGGUGAUCUGGGCUUUAGGGGCUGGAUGCCGUGACAUCACCAGCCUGAACAUCGCACCACUACAGCCAUGCCAACAGCCCAGUCGCUUUAGUAACCGCUGCUUGCAGACGAUUGGCCGAUGUUGGCCUCACCUGCGGCAGGUCGGAGUGGGCGGAACCAGCUGUGGUCUUCAGGGAUUAACCUCUUUAGUGAGGAACUGCUCCAGUGUGUGUGUGUUGGAGUUGGACCACAUGAGCGAGAUUAGCCAGCAGGGGGCAGCAGAGCUGUGCAGGGAAGGACUACAGCAGUUACACACACUCAUCUUCAGCUACACACCAGUUACUGCCAAAGCCAUCCUGCACUUUCAUAGUGUGUGUUUGAGGCUGAAGUGUAUCAUAGUGCUCAUGAGCUCUGCUGAUUACUUUGAUGACCCUGAGAGUGAAGAAGCCAAGAGAAUUUUUAAUGAGAUGAUCGGCAGCCUGCAGGCCCUGAAGAAGAGACCUGGCUUGUCAGACAUCCUUCAAGUCAGAGUGGACCAGUGUGACAUUCUGGCUGGCUCUUAAAAAAAAAACCAAACACACACACACAGAUACACACCAAAAUUUGCACUCAUUGAUAAACCCACAAACAUACUGCACUUUAUUCUCCAUGCAAAGAUAUUAACCUACACAUGUACACACACACACACACACACACAAAGAUACACACCUACACUUGCAAUCACAUAUAAACAUACUUACUGCACUUUAUUCUUCACACUCCACACCUAUGCACACAUACAAACACACUCACACACACACACAGCACUUAGUUACACUCCUACACCUAUGCACACGCACACACAGACACAAUACAAAUUUCUUUUCUAUAACUCUGUGGUAACACAUACAAACACACACCAAUACACACAUACACCAACAUCUAUGCACCCACACAUAAACACAAAAUGUAAACACACACAUACAGAAUACACAAACACUGCACUUUAUUUUCCACACUCAGAUACUCAGAUACACACCUACUCUUAUACACCCCACCUACUCUUAUACACUCCACACACACACACACACACAUGCUAAACAUUUUGAAACUUCUUUUUCCCCACAAAGGUAAACACACCUACACAUAUGUGCCCACACAUAAAUAUAAACACACUUAACAAUUUAAGAAUUUAUUCUCCAUGCACAGGUACACGCCUACACCUAUGCACUCAUCUAUAAAUAUUAAACACACACACACACACACACACAUACACACUUACUGCACUUUUUUCUCCACACUCACCUAUACUCCUACACCUAUCACCUAUGCACACAAACACACACACACACACACACUCACAAGCUUCUAAUUUUGUACCAGUGAUUCAGAAAACCUUGCUGGUUUCAUGCAAAAUGUCAACAUCAGGAAGUACGAGUCCAGUAAGAGGAAAUAUGUCUUUAUAUAAUGACAUCACUCAGACUCGGAUUAAAUAACGUACAUUGCU